CCUAAAACCUCACGCAUCAAAUCACACAAACAACAAACUGUAGCAAAAAAGCCGGCGCACAUAAUUAAUAUGUACGAGAAAACAUUAACAAUAGGAAAUGCAAAAGUUAAUAAUGCAUAUGAGUGGCAAAAAGUGAGUUACAACAAAAGCACAACAACGGCAGCCAAACCAAAGCAAAACAAUCCCAAAGCAAGCAAAAGCAGCAGUGCAAAAACUGCAACCAAAGCAAAUGCAACUACAAAAAUAGCAGCAACUGCAACAACAACACCCAAAGAGACGGCCACCGUUAAACCCUCAACGCAGCAGUCAACACAAAAUCAAAAGUACAAAUACUUUGGCAGCGCGGCGCGCCGGCUGGCCCAUCAAAUAAAGCGGGCGCAUCGGCAUUUACUGACCAGCGGCGGCAACGACAAACAACCACAACAAAAGCCUGUUGCACCAAAAAUAAAUCGCAGCGCAGGAAGACGGACACAAGCAACAAAAACAACAACAACAACACCAGCUGCAAAACAGCAGAAACAGCAGCCGCGUAACAAACGCGCAUCCAACAAACAAUUAUUAAGCAAAAGUGAUAAACCAAAAUCAAAAACACCAGGCAAACACCAGCGUCAGCUUGGCAGCAGCAGCAGCCGCAGAAACAGUCGCAGUGACGGGGCACUAUCGGGGCAGUCUUCGCGUUGGUGCUCCAUCGAGGCGCAGCUGAAUGUGCUGGACGAUCUGCUGUACUACUGCGAUGAGGAGGCCGAAUUGUAUUUAGCCCAGCUCUACGAAAGGUACCAGCAGCAGCGCACCUGCGAUCAGAGCUCCAACAGUGAGUACGAGUCCGGAUCAACGGACUUCUGGAGCGACGUCUCCGCCUCCGACACUGACGACAACAUGUCGCACAACAACAGUGCCGACGACGAUGGCCUGUCCAGCACCAGCGGGACAGGCAGCAACAGCACCCACAGCCUCUCCUCACCCCUGGUGCCAGCCGCCCUGAAGCGGCGUGGCCAUCAGCAUCAUCCCCGCUUCUCGGGCACACGUCGGCCCAAUGUGCCCAAUGUCCAGGAGAUACUGGCCGCUCUCUAUCGCGGCGACUCCAAGGGUGUGCUCUCCAAUCUGCGUGGUGAGGUUCAGCCAGAGCCGGAGCCCGACAAUGAGACACCGGUGGAAGAGCCGUCCACUCCGAUUAGCCGCAGCACCCUAAGUCUUCCACUCACCGAUUCGGUGACCACUUCCCUGGGCAGCAACAGUCCCACGCCCACGGACGAGAGCAGCGUGCAAGAUGACAGUGCGGCCACACCCACGGCCGGCACUGCGACAGCAACAAAAGCGCCUUCAGCCCUGCCUGUGCCACCCAACGGCAAGGAGGGCAAGACGUCCAGUGGCAAGAAAAAGAAGCGGGACAAAGGCGAAAAGUCCGAGAAGCGUGAUAGAGGCGACAAGGCAGAGAAGAGUGAAAAAGGUGAAAAGUCGGAGCGGAAGAAGAAAUCCUCCUCGUCGUCGUCGUCGGGCAAGCGAGAGCGCAGCAAGCGUCAUGGCACGAGUACGAUGGAGGCCAGCAGUGAUAGCCUGGCCACCGAUAUCAGUGCCGGGGCCAUAGACGAGGGCAUAGCACUGGGCGACGACGACGACACCCAGUCUGCGGAGUGGUCCAAAUUGCGAUGCACCAGCGAGGCGGCCGAGAUUGUGGCCGAGCGAGAGGCACGCCGCAACAAGGGACGGUGUGCGGACUAUCCGGGCCUGGCCUUUGGACGCUCCAUCUUCAGCUCGGACACCAUGAUGAAGUUCAAUAUCAUCCGGAACGAGCUGCACAACAUCAUGAAUACACAACUUAAAAGGGCCGAAUCUGAGGUUGCUGCUCUGAACCGUCGCAUUCAGUUGCUCGAAGAAGACUUGGAGCGCUCUGAGGAGCGUCUGGGCUCCGCCACAGCCAAGCUGUCGGAAGCCUCUCAGGCCGCUGAUGAGAGCGAACGGAUACGAAAAGCGCUUGAGAAUCGCACAAAUAUGGAAGAUGACAAAGUGGCUCUCUUGGAGAACCAAUUAGCACAAGCAAAAUUAAUUGCAGAAGAAGCCGAUAAGAAAUACGAAGAGGUUGCCAGAAAACUUGUACUCAUGGAACAGGAUCUGGAGCGUUCCGAGGAAAAAGUUGAGCUCAGCGAAAGCAAAAUUGUGGAGCUUGAGGAGGAGCUGCGCGUGGUUGGCAACAACCUGAAGUCCCUGGAAGUGUCUGAGGAGAAGGCCACACAAAAAGAGGAGACCUUUGAAACGCAAAUCAAGGUCUUGGAUCAUUCUCUGAAAGAGGCUGAGGCUCGCGCUGAGUUCGCUGAACGUUCCGUUCAGAAAUUGCAGAAGGAAGUCGACAGGCUCGAAGAUGAAAUGAUCGUUGAGAAGGAACGCUACUGUCUGAUCAACGACAGCCUCGAUGAAGCGUUCGUGGAUGUGAUUGUGGGCCUGGAGCCCUUCUGGAACCCGCGUAACCCCAAGCCGCCCACGCCCGAGCUCACCGAGGAGGAUCUGGCUCGCAUUGCGGAAGCAAAGGCCAAGGCCGAGGCCGAAGCGGCGGCCGUAGCAGCGGCCAAGCAGGAAGCCGCUGAUGCUCUGGCCGCAGCAUUGGCUGCGGGUGUUGAUCCUGCCACCUUGGAUCCGGCCCUUGUCGAGGCUGCAGCGGAGGCGCCUGUGCCGGUCAAGUUGCCUACACCACCACCCAAGGAGCCCACUCCUCCACCACCACCACCACCGCCAUUCGAGUACUCGAUCGAUUUGCCCCCAGAGGGUGCCGAGGUGCCGUAUGUCAAGAACUACGAGGGGCCACCACCGGGAUCGGAGCCAGAGCCCGUUCCAGCUGCCGAGGGAGAGGCUGCUGCUGCCGCCCCAGCGGCCGAAGGUGGAGCACCUGCCGCGCCGGCUGAGGGCGCAGCACCACCAGCCGAAGGAGCGGCACCACCUGCCGAGGGAGCAGCACCUCCCGCUGAGGGAGCUGCUCCUCCAGCUGAGGGUGCUCCUGCUGCUGAGGCUGCUCCUGCAGCGGAGGCUGCUCCCGCUGCUGAGGCUGCUCCAGCUGCUGAGGCCGCACCAGCCGAAGCUGCUCCCGCCGAGGCUGCUCCCGCCGAAGCGCCACCAGCCUAAGCCGACCAUUGCCCCGAUGCUUGUCCUCAAGAGAAUCUGCUGCGUACAACUCAAAGACACAACAACCUGCUACAAAAUGCUGCCCUGCUUUUAUACACUUAAUUUUGAGCACGUUUUUGAGACAUUUUUAAUUGAAAAUCCGAUUUAUAAUUAAAAAUUUCAUUUCAUCGAAGCAUUGCAAAAACCA